AUGUCCGCGUGGGGCCGCUCCCCCGCGCUCCCGCCCUGCAGCCUGUGCGCCACGCUACGUAAUGUGCGUAACAUGCGUAACGUGCAUAACGUGCAUACCAUACGUAACCGAGGGUCUUUUGUUUCCGAGCAGCUGCGGCCGCACCCUGCUUGCAGCUGGAGAGGCAAAAGCUGGAUCUUUCCGUCCACAGGGACUUCAACUCCAGGGUCUCCCAGCCUUCUGGUGGCUCAGAGGUACUUAAAUAUUUCUUUUGUUACUUUCGCCACCCUUUUCUUCGGGUCCGCUGGUCCCCUGCUCCUGGGAAAGCUUGGGGGAGGAGUAGAAGCAAGCUCUAGUUGA